CUGUUUUUUAAUAUAAUUCACAGUAUGAGGAACUUGUGUUUGUUUUUAUAGUGUCAGUUCAAAUGUCAAAUAAAAAACCAAGCUGUUUGAUAGUUUGCAGUGCAUCUCCACAGGGUGUUUCUGCUCAGUCGUUCAUUCAUUCAUUUACAUUAACACAUUCUGCAUUUAAUGUUUACAUUGUGACACCUGAAGGCAAACCAAUUGAGUUUGUAAGAAUUGAUGAUAACAGCAGGAGGUGGCUGAAUGAGUUUAAAUCAAAGCCAUUCUCUGUUCCAGGGAAACUUGAAGAUGUUGAACCCCUGCGAUAUUCUGCCCUUUUGAUUCCAAGUGGAAUUGGUUGUUUGUAUGACUUGGCUGAACACAGGGAUCUUGCCAAAAUUAUUAAUCUUUUUAUAGAAGAUAAGAAACCGAUUUGUGCAGUUGGGCACGGUAUUGGAGCAUUGUGUGGUGUCAAAGGAAAGGACAAAACAUCCUGGGCUUUUACCGGGUAUUCUAUAACUGGACCUUCCUUAUUUGAAGUUAGCUUACUAGAAAGUUUUAGUGAAUUACCAAUUAUUAUUGAAGACUUUGUAAAAGAGAAUGAUGCAACUUUUAGCUGUAGCAAGAAUGAUUGCAUGCACGUUGUUAUAGAUCGACAUAUUAUAACUGGACAGAACGACAUGUCAACAUUGUCUGCUGUGCAAAAUUUAAUUUUACUUUGCAAUGCAAGACAGGGGAAGUCGAAGUAAUGUACCAUGGAUAGCAUAGUGUGUAUAUAUUUUUUCAUUAAUAAUUACAUAAAUAUGUUUAUUAUAGAAAAAAUUUCUGACAGUAGUUCCAAUAUGGAGAAACCUGUUUUCACCCAUGGGUGAGCCAAGAAAAAAAUAUAAAUUCUUAUUUUUUUUUUCGUAGUGUCAGAACAGUGUCAGAAGUUUCGCUUUUGAUGAGCAUUGUUCUGAAUAUAACUAGUGAUUUGUAUAAAUUAAUUUUGAAAUUUUCUUUUUAAACUUGAUUGUAUAGAAAUUUGUUUACUUUAA